UGUUUUAUGCUCUACUCUUGUUACGCUGUCGAAGAACGUGCAGCUUUCAUUUCUUUACAUUAGUUAGCCCAAUUUUAAGUCUUGUGCUAAUUUUAACGAGGAAAACAAUUUAUAAGAUAAUAUGAUGCUGGAGAUUCUACUCGAAAAGGCUGGCAACGUGUAAACUUAAGCAGUCGCACUUUCCUUAUUUCAUUACAACAACAACGACAACAAAACAAACCUCCACAAUACGCUGGCGUGACCGAGAGAUGUCACUGUCAGUUGUGUCGGCAUGAGUUCUGCGUAUUUAUUGCCAACACUGUCGUCCAAGCGAGAGGUGGAUGAUGUUAUUAAGUCGACAGAGGACCUUGUGUUGGUGUUGAGAUUUGGAAGAGAGAACGACUCGUCUUGCAUUCAACUUGAUAAUGUUCUUUCAAAGGCUGUACAGGAGUUAGCACGUAUGGCUGUUGUCUAUGCAGUGGAUGUGGACCAAGUCUCAGUCUACAGGCAUUAUUUUGACAUUACACUCAUACCAGCUACUAUUUUCUUCUUCAACGGACAACACAUGAAGGUAGACUGGGGAACUGCAGACCAUACUAAAUUUAUUGGUGGUUUCAAGAAGAAACAGCAUUUGAUAGAUGUAGUGGAGACUAUUUACCGAGGGGCUAUGAAAGGAAAGCUGAUGGUUCGCAGUCCACUUGAUCCCAGUGACAUUCCAAAAUAUGAGCUCUUCUAUAAGGACUACUGAAUUUCAACAGGACUCCUAUAAACAUUUAAAUGGCCAGUGGUCACUGGUGUGCUGCAUUCGACAGAUGGCUAUACAAGUAUUAUGUUGUUAUAGCUGUGGUUCUUGUCCAAAAGAUAUGCUAGCCUUUGUGGCACCCUCAGUCUUUCAACGAACACCAUAGUUCAAAACUUCCAGAGUAAAUACAUUGUGAUGCAGAGAUAUUGGAUAAACCUGGAUACAUGCAGCAAGUGUCAUGAAAAUCAAGAAUUCUUCACUUAUCAGCUGCUUGUUCAAACAAUCCAUCUCUAAAGAAUGGUACAUCUCUAAAUCACUCUUGAAAUUAAACCAUCUGAAGGAAAAUGUUCCCAGAAUAUUACAAAAAUAUUAUCAUGCAUCAUCCCAAAACUAAAUUAUUGUCCAUAUGUAAAAUCACUUCAGGUCUCCAUGUUCUGGAGAUUUAACGUCCAUUUUCUGGGUGAUUUAAUUAUGUUUGGAAAGUUUUGCUACUUUGUACACUGUUGUUAGCAUUAUCUGUGCAGUUUAAGCAAUUUGGAUCCAUAAUGGACACCUGUAAUAUUUUGUAUGGAAAGUUGAUGUUUUAAGGACUGGGUGGCUUCAUCAUGUGUGCAAUCUAUUUAUUCCAUUUCUAUUUGAGUAUUGAAAAGGAGAAAAGUGUACUUGGUGUAAUGUUUAAUAAACAUUGUCAUU